AUGCAGCCCCAAGGGCCCAUUUUUGUGGGCCUGCCUCACCUGGGACUCCUGCCCUGGUUGUUCACUCGAUAUUCAGUGACCGACUGGUGCAAGGGCUUGAGGACCUUGCCCUGGUGCCCACCCUACAAGACCGUGCUGCUGGUGUGGACCACCACCUACUUUCUCAUAGGCUAUGCCUCCUACCUGAUCUGGAAGGACCUCAGAGGGGACUGUAAGUGGCGCCUGGCCCUGCCCCUUGGCCUCUACACUGUCCAGCUGCUCAUCAGCUGGGUGGUCCUGAUGCUCUUCCUGGAGGCUGUCAACCCAGGGCUGGCCCUGCUCCCCCUGCUCCUGCUCUAUGGGCUGGUGGUGAGCAUGGUGCUGGUCUGGCACCCCAUCAACAAGCUGGCUGCCCUGCUGCUGCUGCCUUACCUGGCCUGGCUCACGGUGAUGGCCGUUCUCACCUAUCGACUCUGGAGAGACAGCCUUUGCCCUACUGCCCAGCCUCAGCCCACAGGGGAGAGCGGCAGCUGAGGCUGCAGGGCCCAGGAGACGAGGGAGGGGGCCAGGGUGGGGGCUGGAGCCUGCCAGCUAGUCCCAGGGCCAGGCACACUGUCAGGCACUCUCCUGGGCCCCCGCUGCCGACUUCUUUUUGGGGUUUGGAGAAAUGGGAAAGGGGAACAUGUUUUAUACUCCAA